AUGGACGAGGUUCCUCAGCUACGGAUACCGACGGCGGACCUAAUCGAGGCGUACAAGGUUUUUGAUUACUUUUUUAUGUCCAUCAACACGGUGAUGUUCUGCUUCACGGCGUUUGCGAUUUUGAAAAGUAGGCAAAGUUUUAGACAUGAUUUUUAAAUUUAUACCUGGGCUACUUCCUCUGGCCAAAAGCUCAUAGUUUUCUUACUAAUAUAAUUACAUUAUAAUACACUGAUUUUUCCAGCCCCUGCCACCUACCUCAGCGUCUACCGCUAUUUUUUGCUUCACGAAAUUGUUUGGGCUCUCCUUUUUGACAUCAUGAUCUUCAUCAGCAUCCCAGUUGUCCAUCUCCCACACAUUUGCUUCACUUACAUUGGAAUGCUGGGACCUGCGCUCAGGGCUGAAGAAAGUUCUUACUAUGCCUUGGUUUUGACCACACUAUGCGCAGGCAAGGCGUACUCAAUGUUCAUGUGCUGUUUUCAUCGCUACAUCUUGGCGCAUCAGCAUACGGACGAUCAUUGGUGGUCGGGGAUUAAUCACCUUCUGCAGUAUCGGUUUCCAUGGACUCCGAUUAUGCAUUACGCGAUUAUGAUCACCGCCACUGCCUCGGUUUGGGUGAGUAAAGACGUGUUGAAGCAAAUUGGAAUGCAAUCAGUCUGUCGGGAAAAUAAUGAGCACUCUGUCGCAUCGAAAAUCGCAUUGCUGCCGAGAAAAUGAAUUGUGUCGUGGCAAAAUCAAAUUGAUUUCACUUCAGCGAUUGGCGGAGCGACAUUGUGCCCAUUAUUUUCUCGACAUACUGGUACACUGGCGGACCCAGUGGCAAAAAAUGUACCAUUUUGCAUCCGGGAAGUAUCAUAAAAUGUAGCAAAAUGCUUCGCUUCCUUCUCCAAGUGAAAAAACUCCAAUUGCAAAAGCGCACCCGCUCUUUUUGUGUGGGAAAGGGAGUUCAAAGAGAAGUUUUUUUAGUUGGAGAGGGAUGCAUUUUGCUACAUUUUUGAUACUUCCCGGAUGCAAAAUGGUACGUUUUUUGAUUUUGGAUCAGGUCCGUCACUGUAAUCAAUUCGGGGCUUUCUGGGUUCAGCCCCUCAGGAAAGGUGAUUCAAACCCCACCGUUUUGCCCGCUACAACCCCCCAUAACGAAAAGAUUAGAAUCAUACAGAAAAUGCAAAUUAGAGCAAAAUGUAGCGGUGGACCCGGUCCAUUUUUCAGAUAGAUGAAACUGCUGUCGGAGCUCCCAAGUACCAUUGCGGUACACCAGUUAAGCUAAUUCGUAGAGUCGCAGUGAUUUCGGACUUUCGGGCAACCCAUCUUGCACAUCAGUUUUCAAGAGCUAGUGCAAUUUUCGAAUCGCCGUGUAUGUCUUUUAACAAAGAAAACUGACGUAAAGCCUAAUGUGCAAGCUUGCAAUUGAACUUUUUUUCGAAAUUAACCGUUUAAGCACCCACUUGAGAACAAACACCCCCAAAUAGUACGAUUACACUACAAUACGAAAUUCAUAUGCUUUUUAAAAUUGUAAGAAUACAAAUUUUAAACUUUUAGAUUACGGUUUUCUUCUGUUCCGCGGACCCGGUCUCUACAACUGAGCACUUAGCGCAGAGCGAACGCAAUAUUGCACGGCUUGUACGACAAAACCCGAACAUGACUUGCAUCUCCGGCUCAGCGAAUUACAAGAUAAUCCUUUGCAUCGUAGUUGUCAUCCUCGUUUCGUGGGGACUCGGGAUUUUAAUCAUCAUCUCCACACUGGCCUAUUCUCUCAAAACCGACGACAAUCCGUAUCAGGCUACCAUUCGGCUGCAGUGGAUGCUAUUUCGUUCGCUGUGUGCGCAACUCGGCGCGACCCUAGUCUUCAUGUACUUCCCAUUACUAAUAUGGUUCAUACUCGGCUAUUUCGAGAGCCCCUACGAAAUGACCGCCGGAACUAUUGCCAUUUCAAUGCUGGCAAUGCAUUCCACCGUCGAUUGUGCGAUGAUCUUGGCGUAUGUUAGGCCGUAUCGACAGACAAUCAAACGGUUUAUUUUGGGACAAAAGGCCGAUACGACGGUGUCGGUAGCGUCGAAAGGAGCGAUAAAACAGAAAAGCUCGGGGAAUACGAUUCAACAUCAUUUUCGAGGAAGGGCAGAGGUGACGGUGUUCACGAUGAGAAAGUGUAAAGCGAGCAUUUUUUAACCAUCAGGGAGUAAAAGUUCUUUCUUGUAUCGGCGCCUAUUUCUUGUCAGACUGAACCACCGAACUUCGAGGAUUUUCCCACGAGAAACUAUCUUGAUUUAUUCAAAUUUGAUUGUACUUUUCUAUUCCCUAUAAAAGACCUCCUUUCCACUGAAUAAAUCACUUGUCUCUUGAGCUCUCGGUCGAUUAUUGGGUUGUCGGGCCUUUCGACAGUUCCCAUUUGGAGACUGACUUUCAAUUUGGCUUUCCGACUUCUCGAUUCGACGAAGAAUCGAUCGACAUCGACCGUAUGGAAGGUAAAGCCCAAAAAAGAACACACAAGACGUGCGUACGGGGUCUGACAAAGCAGUUGGAUGCUCAGCGGGUGCUCGGCGAACACUUGGCGGAAACUUGGCAAAGAGCUACACUUUGACCUCUUUUUUAUAUUAUUUAUUUCAAAUGUGGCUUCUCGACCUGCACUAUAGAAAAGAUCAAAAUUUGCUCCAAAAAACAAAGCACGUCAAUCCAAAACAGAAGAAAAAACUUCCCGCCCCUUUUUGGUGAUUCGUUCAAAACGAAAUGUAACUUUCCGAUAAAAAGCAUUUUCUUAUCUUUCUUCUUCCUUUUCGAGAAAAAGCAAUUAUUUCGGGCGGGAAAAAGCGCUGAUAAUUUCGCGACAUUUUGUCUCUCUUUUAAAUCAAUGAAAACGAUACGAAGUUUCGAAACGGUUCAGGAAAUGCGCUGGAUUGACGUGCCAUAAGUUUUAUCUGAGUGUUGUUGCAGUAGUUAUGUAAAACCUCAAAAUGGGUGAUAAACUAUCUAUUUCCUUUAACCAAGCCUUCUCCUUUCCUCUACCAUGCAAACAACGACAAAAUCGAAAUCACUCCCGCGACUUUGCGGACUAGUAUCACGCCAGCUUUAAGUGACCUGCAAAAACCUUAAGGACCAAAAAUCAUCUCGACCUGAUGUAAAUACCGUGUUCACUACCCAACUUCAAACUUCCUUCUCUUUUAUAUAGCUGUGUAAUUUAUUUAGUCUUGAAAUGUUUACUCGAUCCCUUCCUACAAGAAGUUCAGCUACAAUUUCAAACAAAAACGUACAAAUGAGGAUAAAAGCAGAGCACGGGGCUCUUAGCUCAUACUUAGAAACUUAACAUUCAAUGCUCAACACGUUUGCUACAAUGAGACCCGUCAUAUCGCAGAUUAAUCUGGUGUUUUCAACGAUUUGGUGAUGGAUGACGACUUAAUUAUUCCACCAGCAAGUGCUGUGCAAUUUUAUCGGCUUUUCGACUACCUUUGCAUGUCCCUCACUAUCUUUUUGUUUACUGUAACCACAUUUGCCAUCGUUAAAAGUAAGUUGAUUGUUCGAAAAGAGGUUAUGAAAGGUUGUUUAUUGGCUUGCUGAAAGUUUUGAAUGUCUCUGUAUGGCCUAGACAUGGCCUUUGGGUUAGACCGAAGCAAAUUUGAUACGAGCCAGACUGUCUUGUGGUUUCAUGGUCAUAACAUGUGCUGCAGUGGGGGUUUUGCCAAUGGGGAGGUUAUCCAUUGGCAAAAAGCCUACCAUUUUGCAGAAGCAUCAAAAAAUGUGGCAAAAUACCUCCCUCUCUAUGUGAAAAAAAACUCUGAUUUCAAAAGCGCGCCCGCUUUUUGUGAGGGAAAGGGCGCGCCCUUCAAAACAAAUUUUUUUUUCACUUGGAGAAGGAAGCAUUUUGCCGCAUUUUUGAUUCUUCCCUUAUGCAAAAUGUUACGUUUUUUGCCACAGGCCCUCACUGUAUCUGGCCGUGCAUACGAAAGUUUGAAAAGGUCCGAGUCAAACCCCUCCGGAGGCAGACCGUCCAGCGAUCAUUUAUUUUUGACUGUGUCUAGGAUGGCUAUACAUUUAUCUGUCGGGAAAAUAAUAAGCCUAAUGUCAAUCGCGGAAGUGAAAACAAUUUGAUUUUUCCGCAACUAAAUUCAUUUCCUCGGCGGCAAUGAGAUAUUCGAUGCGACAGAAUGCUCAUUAUUUUUCCGACAGACAAAUAGUAUGAUUCUGAAACUGUAAGCUCUUAUCCGUUUAUCCAUCUCGACUUUUCAGCACCAGCCGCCUACCUCACUUUGUACCGCUACUUUCUACUUCACGAAAUAAUCUGGGCGUUUCUUUUUGACCUCAUGAUAUCCCUGGUCAUCCCAGUCGUCGAUCUCCCUCAUAUUUGUUAUCAGCCCAGCGGAGUAUUGGGCAGCGCCUUGUCACAUUACGGAGCGCACUUUUUCAUCUACGUGUUGGUGCUGCUCUUGGUUGGCAAGGCGUAUUCAAUGUUUUUGUGCUGCUUUCAUCGCUACGUCGUAGCGCAUCAGUAUACCAAGUACUCGUUCGAAGCUGUCCGCUAUUUGAGUCAAUUCAAAAUGCCCUACACGCCGAUUUUUUACUUCGCGGUUUUCGUGGCGAGCGUUUCUGCGCUCUGGGUAAGAUUUUUAACAUUUUAUGCAGUUGCAAUGCAUUUCUAUUCCUGUAUUGUAUUUUGUCUUUGUAUUUCCGAGACAUUUUGAACCCGAAUACAAAAUCCCGCAGUAAAAUCGUAGAGUUAUAUUAAAGUGUCAUGUUUCCUCAUUGAGCCCACGUAUAUGUUGGGAAAACCACAAGGGUUUUUGAUCUCGUGUUAUAAUCAUCAGCAAGAUAUCAAUGGGUUCAUACAGUUUAGUCUGUCGGGAAAAUAAUGUGUAUUCGUCGCGCCUUGGCCCAUAAGAUAUUAUAUACUGAUCGUUCUGCGACGGCUUGCCGUGGCUGGGGAUAUGGUUCGCAAACGGCGAUGAUACUUGACAUUUUUCUGCAACAAAUCCACAUUAUUUUCCCGAAGGAUUAACACUAGUCGGUUCGUAAAAUCGCCAGAGUGAUUUCUACUAUAAUACAUGCAGUCAGAGCGCGGGCGACGGCCAAAGAAAGCCAUUCACAUGAUGUAAAAAAUAACAAAUUUCGCAGUGCAAAUUGAACUUUAGUUUUCUCACAGUUCAUGCCGGCGAAAUCACUCUCUCGGCCUUCCGGGCGGACUAGUGCAUACAUAUAAUAUAUAGGGCUGACAACAGCGUCUAGAUCAAAAACUGUGCUCUCCACGGCACAAGUGACAUUUGAAAGUCAAUUUAGACCAGGUGGUACAGUGGGGGACCUAAUCUAGUGGCAAAAAACUUACCAUUUUGCAUCCAGAAAGUAUCAAAAAUGUGGCAAAAUACGCGUGCCUGCUCUUUUAGCGACUUUUAAAUGUGAGGGAAGCAUUUUACCACGUUUUUGACACUUCCCGGAUGCAAAGUGAUACGUUUUUUGCCACUGGAUCAGGCUCGUCAUUGUAGUGAGUCUAAGGGCUAGUUUAAGACCUCUCUGUGAUGAUUAAUUGAUACAAUGUAGGAAUAUCAUUCUCACGUCUUUUGUACUUCAAGUUCAACCUUUCAGCUCCCCAUCUACCUCUACUCUAACGACCCGCUUCUAACUACCAACAGUCUUCUCCAGGAAAACCACAAAAUUCAACGUUUGCUUGCUGAAUACCCGUCGAUGACUUGUCAAGUUCUCUCCGACGACUAUCAAUACAUUAUCCUCACACCGAUCGUCGUUCUGAUUUUCUGGGGCGCCGGAAUUUUGUUUCUCCUUCUCUCCAUGGCGUAUGUAAUCAAGACCGACCCCAAGACGUACAUGUCCACCCUUCGCUUGCAAUUUAUGCUGUUCCGAUCGUUGUUGGCGCAGCUUGGCGCCACUUUAUUCUUCAUGUACUUCCCUCUGCUGAUAUGGCUGAUUCUGUCGUACAACGAAAGCCGUUAUGCGAUGGCUGCGGGCCUUGUGGCAAUGUGUUUGCUGGCCAUGCAUUCGUGUGUCGACAGCUUGGUUAUUAUGUUGUAUGUGCGGCCGUUUCGACAGGCCAUCAGUCAGUUGUUCGUCCGAAGCCAGGAGGAGUCUCUUUCGAAGAGUGGACGAAGUGCGGUGGCUGUGGCAUUGAAACAACGUAGAAAAUGCAGUAGCUCGGUUCGUGUUGAUAGGACUUUUAUGUGA